UCCGGGGCCAAUGCCCUCUUAAAUGCGUGGUCCCGCAGUGCCUCCUUCUGGUGGUUUCCCUUCUCCUGGUUCCCUUAGUGGUUCUACUGUUCCGCCACCGCCAGGGGUUCGCCCGAGUCCUUUUGCUUCGUCUUCUCCGUUGAGUUCUGGUCCAGUUAAUGCAUUGAGCGCGCUACCUAAUGAAGCAGUGAGUAAUGGGAUGUCGUUGGCUUCUGGUUCUAUGCUUCGUGGGCCUAGAUUUCCUCCAGUUAGCAGUACCCCACCACCACGUAUGGGAUCUCCACCGAUUGUUUCAGCUCCCCCUCCCCCUCAAGCUCCACCAGUUUCUUCUAUGCAAUCACGGCAGCCAUUUUCUGCUGGAGGUCCAGGUGGGCUGCCCCAAUUUUUAGCGGGAUCUCAAGGUGUACCGCCACCCCCAGGUCCUCCCUUUGGAGCACAUACACGCUCACUGCAACCUCAGCAGCACCUACAAAGUUUGGAACGCCUCCACAUUUAGCAAACCGUGGU